UGGGUCUAGUGUGACCCAUUGUCACGUGAUCAAAACUUCCGCUUUUGGUCGAAAAUCUGUUCCCGCUAAUAUUGGAUAUUAAACUCUCACUAUGCCAGGUGUGAGGCCCAGACGGGCUGUGCAGGAACAUGUGCAGAGCAUGGCAGAACCAGCAUCAGAGAUCUCCAUGGACAAUGAUGAUGACAGUGAAUUUGAGGAGCCCACCAGACCAUUGGGUAGGGGGCGUGGUCGAGGAAAAAGGGGAGGAGCCGUCGGUGAUCCCUCGGUGUCCAGGAGAGGUCGUGGCGGUGCUGGUAGGGGUCGAGUCACAAGGGCUGCAGCAUCCACAGAUGAUGAUGGCGAUGGAAGCUCCCUCUUUGAGAUUGUCAAGGUUGGCAAGGCCUCCUUACAGACGGUGGUAGACGAGUGGAUAGAGAACUACAAGUCAGACCGGGACACGUCCCUCCUAGAGCUGAUCCAGUUCUUCAUACAGUGCUCCGGCUGCAAGGGCAAGAUCUCCCCCUACAUGUACUCCAACAUGGAGCACGCGGAAAUCAUCAGGAAAAUGACCGAAGAGUUUGACGAGGACAGCGGUGACUACCCUCUCAUCAUGGCCGGUCCUGCCUACAAGAAGUUCAAGCCCAACUACGUGGAGUUUGUUCAGGUGCUGGUGAGGCAGUGCCAGUACAGCGUCAUCUACGACCAGUACAUGAUGGACAACAUCAUCUCUCUACUCACGGGGCUCACUGACUCACAGGUCAGGGCCUUUAGACACACCAGCACACUGGCAGCCAUGAAGCUGAUGACAGCGCUGGUGGACGUGGCGCUAAAUCUGAGUAUCAACCUGGACAACACACAGCGCCAGUACGAGUCUGAGAGACAGAAGACCAAGAACAAGCAGGCCACGGACCGCCUCAACCUGCUGAUGAGCAAGCGGCAGGAGCUCGAGGAAAACCAGGCAGAGAUCAGGAACAUGCUCACAUACAUCUUCAAGGGAGUCUUUGUACACAGAUACAGGGACACCCAAGCUGAAAUUCGGUCAAUCUGUAUGAAGGAGAUUGGAGUUUGGAUGAAGAAGUACCCCAACAUGUUCCUGGAUGAUGGCUACCUCAAAUAUGUGGGCUGGACAUUGUAUGACAAGAUAGGAGAUGUGCGGCUGUGCUGCUUGAAGGCCCUCUACCCACUGUACGACACGUCAGAUCUCUGCCAUAAACUGGAGUAUUUCACUAACAGGUUCAAGGAUCGUAUUGUUGAGAUGACCCUUGAUAAGGAGAUGGAGGUGGCCGUACAAGCAGUCAGACUGGUCAUCAGUAUACUCAAUAGUUUUGGUGAUGCUGUGCUCAGUGACAAAGACUGUGAGAAUGUGUAUGAGCUGGUGUAUUCAUCACACAGGCAGGUGGCCCAAGCCGCGGGUGAGUUCCUCAACGCCAAGCUGUUCAAGCAGGACGAGGAGAGUCAGGGGGCUAGGACCGCCAGUGGCAAGAAGAGGAGUGCCAACACCCCCCUCAUACGAGAUCUUGUCCAGUUCUUCAUUGAGAGUGAGUUACAUGAACACGGUGCGUACCUGGUGGACUCGCUGUGGGAGAUCAACCCCAUGACGAAGGAUUGGGAGUGCAUGACAGACCUGCUGUUGGAAGAGCCAGGCAGGGGAGAGGAGGCGCUGGAUGAUCGCCAGGAGGCUAGCCUCAUAGAGAUUAUGGUGUGCUGUGUGAAACAGGCAGCCACAGGGGAAUCACCUGUGGGCAGAAGUGCAGCAAAACAAAAGUUGACGGCUAAGGAGAAACAAUCUGUGCAAGAUGACAAGACUAAACUGACAGAGCACUUCAUUGCAACUCUGCCUCAGCUUCUACUGAAGUACCUGAUGGACCCAGAGAAGGUGACCAACCUGCUGCAGAUCCCACUCCACCUGGAUCUAGAGAUCUACACCUCCAGCAGACAGGAAAAGAGUUUGGAAGGACUUCUUCGAUACCUGCAUGAGAUUGUGGAAAAGCACACAGACCAAGAGGUUCUGGAGUCGUGCUCCAAGUGCUUCGAGACCCUGUGUGAUGAGACGUAUGCCAUCGCGGGACGGUGUGACGUGGCACGUAACACUCUCAUUGACAGCCUGGGGGUCAAGUUCAAAGAGGCCAUGCAGGAUUUCUUUGCUGAGGGUGAACAGCCGGAUGAGGAUGAAGUGUAUGCCCUGGUUGCAGCCCUCAAACGACUGUAUUCAUUCUCAUGUUGCCACGACCUGAGUUCCUGGGAGCUGUGGGAAGACCUGUUCCACAUUGUAAGGCUUGCCUCAGAAAACGUCGACCUGUCUGACGAGAUUGUGAGCAAGGCCCAGAUGACGCUGCACAUGCUGCUGCUGUGGAACAUGAAGAAGAUAGACGAGAAUGGCAGCCAGGACCAGGCGCUGGUCAUCAAGAAGUUCCAAGCCGACCUCAUGAAGUACUGCCAUCAGCUGCUCUAUCAUGGCCAAGACAAGAUCAGCGAAGACGCCUACUUGACCCUGUGUGACUCGCUGAUCAUCUACAGCAAGCACUCCACAGAGAAGGAGGUGCUGAAACAGCUGGUGUAUGAGCCAGACAAGAGUCUGCAGCUGCAGCUAACCACCUUCCUCUUGAACAAAGUCUUCCUCGAGGACGAUGAUGAUGAAGGUGAUGAGAACAUCAAGAUAGAAGAGCUGCACAAGAGACGCAACUUCCUGGCCUGCUACUGCAAGCUCAUUGUUUACAACAUAAUGAACAUCUCCAUGGCGGCACCCAUGUUCAAACACUACAUGAAGUUCUACAAUGAUUACGGAGACAUCAUCAAAGCCACAUUGAGUAAGGCUAGAGAAAUCAACAAAGUGUCCACGGCCAAGACUCUCAUUAUCAGCUUGACACAGCUGUUUGGAGAACUCUUGGGGGAAGCCAAUGGAGUGAUCGACAGAUCUGCAGAUGCCUUCCAGUCUAUCAAGGAGCUUGCUAGACGUUUCUCGUUGUCGUUUGGUUUGGACCAAGUCAAGAACAGAGAGGCCGUGGCAGCCAUGCACAGGGACGGCAUUCUGUUCAGCCUGGCCAACACAGACCCCAAUGACCUAAGCAAGGCUCCACCCAACAUUGCCUUCCUGGAGGUGCUCUGUGAGUUCACCAACAAACUCAUGAAGAUGGACAAGAAGACUGUUUUGAACUACCUAGACAAGCAGAUGGCGGGUAUUCCCCCGAUACAACGUAACGCUGACGAGUGGAACCCUCUGUUCACGUACAGGAACAGCCUGGUACAGGGAGAGCACGAGAUCCACCCCAUCACGCUGAAACAGGCCGCACAGAAACGCUAUGGCAAGAAGAGGAACGUCACCAACAUUGACGGCACGAUCACUGAUGAAACGUCCAACCACAGCUGGGAUGCUCAGACCCCAGGACCAGGCUUCAUGCCCCAGCACCAGUCCACCGCGUACCACGCCGCCACCAAGCGCCGCCGAGUGGACGAGGAGAGUAACCCGUCUGAGCCGGGGUCAGAGGCUGACUUCCAGGAAUCAUCCCUAGCUAACUAUAAUCGUCAAUACCACCAGGUGGAGGGAGAUUACAGGCGCAGACACGGUGACAUGCCCCAGCUUGAGCCGGAGUCCAGUGAGGCAAGUAUUAGCGAGUAUGAGAGCCCACACAUGAGGGGUCACUAUGGUAACAUGCACGCCCACCACCCUGCCCACAUGGCGUACGAUGACGGCUCACAGAACAUUGACGACGCUUCGUCGGACUAUGGCAGCCAGCCAAGCUACUGAAAUGGGGAUCUUACACACAACUCUUUCGAAGAUCUGCCAAUACUUCAAUCACACAAAAACGUGUGCGACCACUAGUGUUAACAUGUCAAUGUUUGUUUAGAUGUUCUUGUCAAUGUUGUCCUAGUUGGUAUUAGUGUGUAUUAUUGUGCCAUGCUUUUAUAAUUUGAGAAUUUUUAUGCUUAGUUUUCGCGAUAGUAAUUCUUCAAAAAAAUUAAUGUGUGUUCAAUAAAUGUUUGUAAGAACUAAAUUGUUUUAAUUAUUUAUAUAUAUACCAUAAUUAUUUCUGUUUGUUGGACAAUAAAUGCCAUAUAGUGGGGGGUUAGGGUAUUCAACAAUAGGACAAAACACAUUAUAAAGAAAAAAUCACAUUUGACAGCUUUAUAAUUCUGCAUUUUAAAGAUUUCUACAGUAAAAUCUGCACUUUAUUUAAAAAAAAACUAAACACCUGCUAGAAUUAAAUUUGCAUUCACUAUAAAACAUUUGCAUUAAUUGAAAAUAAUUUACGUACAAAGGAAAUAAUUAAGGAUUGCAUAAUAUGUAUAAGAAAACGGAGUUUAUGUAAAAUCGUAAACGACUACAUUAAUCUCGAUACAUAAUUUACGAUCGUAUAAAAAUACGUAAUUAUUGAUGAAACGGCCCCCAGGAGUCCAGGGGACUAUUGGGAAAUAUUUUAGGAUAUAGUGAUAACUGUAAGUUCUUGAAACCCAAGAUUACAUUUACAUGGAAAUGUUCUUCCUGUUUACACAUUUCAUUGCCCACACAUUUUGUUUCAAAUAUACUUCAGUAUUGUUAUAGAAGUUUUACUCCAAGUGAUAAUGAUUUCCUUGAUACAUUACUUGCACUAGAUAUAGUUUUAUUUUACAUACUGGGUGAUUACAUUAUACCACUGGUGUCUUAUUCUAAAUCUGUCUCAAAGUGAUAAAUUCAAGUAAAUUAUGUACACAGUAUAUGGUAAUUAUGUUUCUAGUACACACAUCGGUGGGAGUUUUAUCAAUCAAACUGUGUGUAUUAUUUCUGUGCCAUAUGGUUAACUCUUUCAGUGCUGGAACCGAAUUUUUAAGGCCUUUGCAAACAGUUUGGAUCCAGAUGAGACGCCAGAACAUGGCGUCUCAUCAGGAUCCAAACUGUUUGCUAUUCUGAUAGUAUUCUUUGAAAAAAAUAGAAGAAAAUGCUUAUUUUAUAAAUUCAGCAGACAACAUUUUAGCAGACGACAAAUUUCCCAGCAUGCAAAGGGUUAAUAUGGAACUACUUCACUGACUCCUGUCUUAUUCACCUGUCGGAUCAUAUACGUGGACAGACCUUUAAGGGCUUGUUUACUGGUAUGAUUAUGUUGGAUCUACAGAAGGCCUUCGACACUGUAGAUCAUGACAUACUGUGUCAAAAGCUUUGUGCGAUGGGAGUGGAGUCUGUGGAGUGGUUUCGCUCGUACCUAACUGAUAGGACGCAGUCUGUGCAUGUUAAUGCCGCUAAAUCGGAUUUCGAAUCGGUUGUGUGUGGAGUCCCCCAAGGGAGUAUGCUGGGUCCUCUCUUGUUUUUGACCUACAUUAAUGAUAUGAAAACAAGUAUAUCAUCAAAUUGUAAACUAAUACUCUAUGCUGAUGAUAGUGCAAUUUCAAGUUUUAGGCAAAGAGCUUUAGUCCUGUAGUAAGUGGUUAAUAGACAAUAAGCUAUCCCUCCAUCUAGGCAAAACAGAGUGUAUUCUUUUUGGUUCGAAACGUAAACUCACUGAGGUGGACAAUUUUAAUAUACAAUGUAAUGAUCAUGUUAUAGAAUCUCAGACGCAUGUAAAAUAUCUUGGUUCGAUUUUGGAUGCUGAUUUGUCUGGUACUUCUAUUGUAAAUAAUAUUGUCAAGAAGGUUAACACUAGACUUAAAAGUUUUAUAUAGACAAAGUGCUUUCUUAAAUAAAAGUCUUAGAAGAAGUUUAUGUAAUUCUUUAAAACAAUGCCAUUUAGAUUAUGCAUCCUCUUCGUGGUAUUGUGGGCUCAUAAAACAGCUCAAGCACAAGUUACAAAUAGUCAAAAAUAAAAUGGUUCGUUUUAUUAACUAAAUAUCUUGAAUGGUAUCUUGCAAUAUUUUUUAGCUCACCUAAGCACAGCGUGCUCAUGGUGAGCUUUUGUGAUCGCCUUUUGUCCGUCGUGCGUUCUCGUUGUGCAAUUCAACAUUUGCCUUGUUCACUCUCUAGAGGCCACAUUUAUUGUCUAAUCUUCAUGAAAUUUGGUCAGAAAAUUGGUUUCAAUGAUAUCUUGGAUGAGUUCGAAAAUGGUUACGUUUACUUAAAAAACAUGGCUGCCAAGGGGCGGGGCAUUUUUCCUUAUAUGGCUGUAGUAAAAUCUUGUUAACACUCUAGAGGCCACAUUUAUUGUCUUAUCUUAAUGAAACUUGGUCAGAAGAUUCAUUCCAAUAAUAUCUUGGACGAGUUCGAAAAUGAUGCCGGUUGGUUUAAAAACAUGGCCGCCAGGGGGCGGGGCAUUUUCCUUAUUUGGCUAUAGUAAAACCUUGUUAACACUCUAGAGGCCACAUUUAUUUUCCGAUCUUCAUGAAACUUGCUCAGAAGAUUUAUCCCACUGAUAUCUUUGAUGAGUUCAAAAAUGGUAACCUUUGCUUGAAAAACAUGGCUGCCAAGGGGCGGGGCAUUUUUCCUUAUAUGGCUAUAUAUGGCUAUAGUAAAAUCUUGUUAACACUCUAGAGGCCACAUUUAUAGUCCGAUCUUCAUGAAACUCGGUCAGAAGAUUCAUCCGAAUAAUAUCUUGGACGAGUUCAAAAAUGAUGCCGGUUGGUUGAAAAACAUGGCCACCACAGGGGCGGGGCUAUUUUCCUUAUAUGGCUAUAGUAAAACCUUGUUAACACUCUAGAGGUCACAUUUAUUUUCCAAUCAUCAUGAAACUUGGUCAGAAGAUUUGUCCCAAUGAUAUCUUGGAUGAGUUUGAAAAUGGUUUUGGUUGCUUUAAAAACAUGGCCACCAGGGGCGGAGCAUUUUUCCUUAUAUGGCUAUAGAGGCCACAUUUAUUGUCCAAUCUUCAUGAAAUUUGGUCAGAAGAUUGGUCUCAAUGAUAUCUUGGAUGAGAUCGAAAAUAAUUAUGUUUGCUUGAAAAAAAUGGCUUCCAAGGGGCGGGGGCAUUUUUCCUUACAUGGCUAUAGUAAAAUCUUGUUAACACUCUAGAGGCCACAUUUACUGUCCGAUCUUCAUGAAACUUGGUCAGAAGUUUCAUCCCGAUAAUAUCUUGGAUGAGUUCAAAAAUGAUGCCGGUUGGUUGAAAAACAUAGCUGCCAGGGGGCGGGGCAUUCUUCCUUAUAUGGCUAUAGUAAAACCCUGUUAACACUCUAGAGGCCACAUUUAUUUUCCGAUCUUUGUGAAACUUGGUCAGAAGAUUUGUCCCAAUAAUAUCUUGUUAUCUCAGGUGAGCGACUUUGGACCUUUCAGGCCCUUUUGUUUAUUUAAAAAUUAGAACUGUCUGACUGUAUAAUCUAUUUGCAUUAAACAAGUCCUGCCUAGGGAAAAGAUUAUUUUCUGAUAAGAAAAUGGUUUAUAAUACUCAAUAGAUUCAAAUGUUUAAACUUGAAACGUAAUCUGAGUCUAUUAUCACCAAGCGCAAAUUAGCGCAAAAUUCACUCAUUCAUGAACUUAUAUUUGUUUCUGUUUCUUAACAGUUAUUUCAUUUUAUGCUGAAAAAGUUCAAAUCAGUAAAUCCUGCUCUGAUAUUUAAUAUGUUGUUCUCUUGUGAACCAAAUCAAUUGCUUUAUUAUUUUAUUUUUAUUUGAUAUGUGUUCUUUAGGACAACUUAAGUUGAGAUUUUGCUUAGAAGCUUUUUGAAUACCGUGUCAUUGAGCUUUUCUUGAAUAUUUCAACUUCAUGUUUUAGUUGUGGAUGAUGAAAAUCUGGUCAAUUUUUUACCAAAUGAUCUUAGACUGAUGUUUUCUUGUUGUGUUCUGUAUUGUGCACAAUUUUUCUAUAUUUUUUAUUUCCAUAAACAUAACUUUACAAUUAUGUAGAAAUAAAUAAAACAGAAAUAUCUUUUUUUGUACACAAAAAGUUUGCUGUAAACAAUGAAUUAUAGCAUGUUAAAUGUUUAGUAUUACUAUUUCCUAGUAAAUAUCAUAACUACAAAGAAAAUUAACUAAUCUGAAACAAUUUUUUUGCAUUUUUGUCAAUUUACCAAAAUGUAAAGCGAUCCCUUUAAAGCCAAAGUCAUCAUUUUGGUAUCCAAGAUUAAAAUACAGAACUUAUAAUGUCAAACUUCAAAUGGCAUAUGUGUCAUGAGUAUUCAUAUAUAUAAUAAUAUAUAUUCAUAUGUGGGGGUAUUCAUAAAUUUCAGCUCUACUUUAAUCUCGUUCUGUCAGUCUGUUAUUUCCAUUUUCCUGUUGUAUGUGUAGCAAAGUUGUCUUUAUAAUCAUGUCACUUGAGUGUUCAGAGCUGUUUUCAGGUUUUGUUGUUCGUGGAAAUAACUGUGUUAUUGUGGAUAUUUAUUUUGUGUUACUGAUUUAUCAUAUAAUUAUUUUUGUGCACCAAUAAAAUGUUUAUUUCGAAA